AUGGUGCUCACUGCGGCCAUUUUUGUUACCAUUCGACUAGCAACGAGGAUUCAUCUGAAGGAAUUUGGUUGGGAUGACCUUUUCCUCGUCAUCGCCCUAGCGGCAUCGGUCAUGACAACAAUUGCUAUCAAUUUAGCCGUCGUGCAUGGCUAUGGCAGGCGAAAAGCAGAUAUGGGAGAGGGUAUACAUAUAGCUCUUAAGUGGUUUUUUGUUGCCCAGAUUCCAUAUAAGAUUGCUCUCGGCUUCACCAAAGCUUCUAUCGUCCUCCUUUACCUCCGAGUAUUUAUUACCGAGUCUUUCCAGCGUGCGGGAAAGGGUUUCCUAGCUGUCAUCGCCGCAUGGACAGUCGCAUCAGUCCUCGUCACAAUCUUUCAGUGUAUCCCGAUUGAAGCUUCUUGGAACCAUAAGAUCAAGGUCAAACAAUGCGUGGAUAAAGAUAGCUGGUGGUAUGCAUUUGCGUGA